AUGUUCUAUGCAUUGACCUUGACGCCGCCCUAUGUCUCGCUAUGGGCACCGCUGGGACUGCUCGCCGCUCUCUCCAUUCUCUAUGCCGCUAUAUACCGGGCCUUUUUCCACCCGUUGGCCAAAUAUCCAGGGCCUCUACUCGCCAAAGUAACCGGCCUGUACAUGGUGAACCAAGCAAUACGAUGUCGGGACACAUACACUCGCUACGAAUUGCACCAACGAUACGGAAAGGUCGUACGCACUGGUCCCAAUGAAUUAUGCUUCGCCGAUGCCGCAUCCAUCAAGGACAUCUACGGGCAGAGCUCGGAGCCUUGUCUCAAGGCCCCCUACUUUUAUGACGGCUUUACCUUGACGGGAACCAGCUCAGUCUUCUCUUCGACGGACCGUAUCGGACACGCACGCAUGCGCCGCCUACUGUCGCAUGGCUUCUCGGAGCGUGGCGUACUCUGCUUCCACGACGAGAUCAGAAUAAUGGUUGAGAGAUACCUUUCGAUCAUGUCCCAGUCGACACCGACAAUCGCAAAAACAGAACCAGCGGUCGAACUACAUGACCUCACUCAUAAUCUCUUCCUUGACAUAACUAGUCAGCUCAGCUUCGGCAAGUCAUUUGAUAUCCUGAUUGGUGGGGACCAUGACGGAGCACGAGACAUCGAGACGUACUUCAACAUCUGCCCCCUAUUCGGCGUGUUCCCCGUGGCACGAUACUUGCCCUUUGGCCCGUUCAAGGCGGCGCGCAAAGCACAGCCACGAAUCAUACGGUUCGUGCGGUCGUGUAUCGACGAUUUCAAGGUCCGAUUGAGCCAAGGCACGUCCCAGGCCGGCCUGCUGAGAUUGAUGGUCGAGGCCAAGGAUGAAGAGACUAACUCUUCGUUUUCGGUCAACGAAUUAAUCGAAAACGCGGUCAUCUUCAUCAUCGCCGGAUCCGGCACUACCGCUGCUACACUGCUGUAUUUACUAUACGAGGUUGGACGACGACUAGAAAUACAAGGCAAGCUGGAGAGGGAAGUCAGAGCCACAUUUCCAGACUUAGAUGCGUUUCCAGAUUUUGAAACUGCUACGAAAUUGCCAUAUCUCAACUGCGUCGUGCAAGAAGUUCUCCGUCUUCGAGCCCCAAUUCCUACUGUCGCGCCGCGCGUCUCGCCCGGAAAAGUCAUCGGGGGCGAAUAUGUACCUGCUGGCACGAUCGUGAGUAACUUGGCCUACACCACUCAGCGAGACGGGUCCGUCUUUCACAAUCCGGACUCAUUUAUCCCCGAACGGUGGGAGCAUCCUACGGCCGAGAUGAAAGUCAUGCACCGACCGUUCAGUACCGGACCACGGAAUUGUGUUGGCAUGCAUUUGGCCAGAGUGCAGUUGCUGUUGACAGUGUGUGCAUUGUACCAGAGGUUUGAGAUUAGCUUGGAUCCACGCAUGACUGAGGACAUGAUGGUCCAGAGAGAUCAGGGAGUCAUGACUCCGGUUGCCAAACAGUUGUGGGUUCGGAUCCGUCCUCGCAAAGUGGACUAG